GUCACCUUUGUCACCAGCAACAGGGCCGACAUGUGCCUAUGACCAUGGAGAUGAAGGACUCGGGCAGCGUGGUCCUGACAGCCUACCAUCCCCACAGCCCGGCCAGGAUCCCAGGCAUGGAGCAGAGCUUUGUGCAGGACAUCCCCCCCAGCCAUUCGCCCACCAGCAGAAAGUCUCUCCCUCGUUGUCGAAGAAUUAACAGGAUGCUUUCCAACGAGUCAGCACCUCCUCCUGCAUUCAGUCGCUCCAACUCACAGGCCUCCAUGGACAGCACCUCCAUGGAGGACUUCUGGUGCGAAGUGGAGAGCAUCAAGGAGAGCAGUGAAGAUGGAUCCGAAGAAGCAACGCUCUUGGAGUUCAAACCUGCUGAUGAAGGUGAGCUGGAGGCAGAAUGGCUGCAAGAUGUAGGUUUGUCUACGUUGAUCUCGGGAGCUGAAGAAGAGGACGGCCAAGCCCUGCUGUCCACUCUGACCCGAACUCAAGCUGCUGCCGUACAGAAGAGGUACAACACCUACACUCAGACCUUGAGGAAGAAGAACAAGCACACGGUCCGGGAUGUGAGAGACAUCUUUGGCACCAGCGACUCUUCUCCCACAUUUGAGACAGUUCCAGUGUCACCAGUUCCUUCUAAUGGUAUCCAGCUUCCUGGGCAGAAGCCAGUUUGGAAAUCAGUUAGCUCUAAUAGCUGCCUAGACUGCGGACUAGAUAAAGGCAGCCCGUCCAUAACAGAAGAGCUCUCCUAUGAGGUCUCUUUCUCAGAAUCCAUCACAGUCCUUCCAAAAAACCAAGAAUGGCCGAAAAACCAGAGGUUCAAAAAGGAAGACUCUGCUUUGCCUAAAUUCAUAGUUCGGAAAAGCCGGUUCGGACUGACAGAGGUUGGAGACCUCUCUCCUGAAGAUAUGAAGAAGAUCCGCUACCUCUCCCUGAUUGAGCUAACGGCCUUCUACGAUGCACUGGGGGUGGAGCUGAAGAGGAACCGUGCAGAGAGGGUGCGGGGACGAGAAAAUGGUCUAUUUGGAGUCCCUCUCACCAUACUGCUGGAGAACGAUCAAAAGAAGGUUCCUGGAAUAAAAGUUCCCCUCAUCUUCCAAAAAUUGCUGCUCAAGCUUGAGGAAACAGGUUUAGAAACUGAAGGAAUUCUACGAGUGCCUGGAUCUGCCUCCAGAGUCAAGAAUCUCCAUCAAGAACUUGAGGCAAAAUUUUAUGAAGACACUUUUGACUGGGACCAAGUACGAAAUAAUGAUGCAGCCGGACUGCUGAAAAUGUUUAUAAGAGAACUGCCAAGCCCCCUCUUCACUGUAGAAUAUCUGCCUGCUUUCAUCACGCUAGUGGAAAAAAUCUCCAAGAUCAAGUUACAGCUACAAGCUCUGCAUCUGUUGAUUAUGCUGCUGCCUGAAGCCAACAGAGACACGGCCAAGGCCUUUCUUCAGUUCCUGAAGAAGGUGGUUGCUAAUGAAGGGAAAAAUAAAAUGAAUUUGUGGAAUGUUUCUAUGAUUGUUGCACCAAACCUCUUCAUCUACAAAGGGAAACGGGCUAACCAACAAGAAAUGCAAGCAGCCGCCACCACAGCACACAUUGUGCGGCUUUUAAUUCGGUACCAGGACAUCCUGUGGACAGUCCCAUCCUUCCUGAUUUCCCAAGUGAGAAAAAUGAAUGAGGCAGCAAUGAACAACAGCAAGAGGCAGUUGAUGUUUGACAAAGGAGUGAGAAAACUUCUAAGGAGAAAGACCAUGGAACGGGAGAGACCUGAAAGACCAGAGGGAGCUGUCACUUUCCCCCCAUACCUGCAGUCUGACAUACCCGAGGGGGUGAUAAGAGUUUAUGCUCCACUGCAUUCAAAAGUCUCUAUGGCAAUUCAACUCAACAGCCAAACAAAAGCCAAAGACAUCCUGGCUCGAUUCCACUGUGAAAACAGCCGCAGUUCAUCACAGAACAUGAGAGGCCAGAUCCAAAGUUUACAUGAAAUUGGAGGAAAUAUAGGUCAGCACUGUUUGGAUCCGGAUGCAUACAUGUUAGAUGUUUACCGUGCAAAUCCUCAGGCAGAAUGGGUGAUAAAACCAAAAGCAAGCUGA